GUACGAGUAUACGAUCAUAAACUACAAUAUGUACACCGAUAGCGAAAAUAGUGAGAAAAGUGUUUGCAAUGAAAGGUGACAGAUUUUCAUGGGGAGCUCUGAAUACUUCAAGUCAAGAUAUAGGUCUCCUUGCCAAGGGGCUAGAGAAAUUGAGACUGCAAAUACUAAGGAUAACUAACUCUGAUAUCAACUGUGAAAAAGCGAUCCUAAUUUUGACAUCGUUAUUAAAGCAUCCGCUUCGAAUCCUACAUUUAUCUCACUGCAAAAUUGGAAAUAGAGGGACUUUGGCGAUUGUCAAGUUUGCAUUGGAAGUACCAGUUGAAGAAGCCUCAAAGGUGCAUCAGGUCUAG